AUUUUCUUUUUAUAAAAAGAAAUGAUAAUAUUAAUUAUUACAUAUUAAUGUGAAAGUAUAUAAAAUGGCAUCUUCUGAAAUUGAUGAUUUAUUGUCUGGGCCUUUAGUAACAUGGUUUGUUAGUUGCUUAGAGGAUCCUAAUUCAUUAACUAGUUAUGAUGAUUUAGUGGGUGGUGUAUUAUUACACAAUGUAUUUUUGCAAAUAGAUCCAGAACCACUAUAUAAUGAAAUUAUACCUCCAGAAGGAAAUCCAUCAAUUCGCACAAAAAAUUUAAAAGUUAUUGUAGAUAAUAUGAAACAAUUUUAUGAAGAAGAAUUAGGUCAUUUACUUCUAAGGUUACCAGAUACUGUGAACUUAGGCAAAGAGCCACAAUUAUAUAUUGCUGAAAUGAAAUUAUUAUUAUUAUUACUCCUUGGUUGUGCUGUUCAAUGUCCUAAUAAAGAAAAAUUUAUUACAAAUAUAAAAACGUUAAAUGUUGAUACUCAACUUUCAAUAGUAGAAUGUAUUAAACAAGUUACAGAUCAUCAAGAUAUAGUUAUUACUCAAGAUGCAAUGGAGAAUGUAAAUAUGGGAUAUUUAUUUACACAAAUAAAAAAUAUGUCUCAAGAAUUAGAUUUAUAUCGUCAGAAAUGGCGAGAUACUAUUAUAAAUGAAAGUGUUGAAAGAAAUGAUUCAUCAAUUAGUGUUGAAGCUGAAGAAAUAAAUAAAGUGCAACAAUCUAAUCCUGUUAUUAAGUCAGAACGAGAAGAAAAUCAUCAUUAUGCAGUUGAAUUGGCUGAUUGGAAAUCAAAAGUUAGAAAACAACGUCAAGAAUUAGAAGAAAAAACAGAAGCAUUGUUGGAAUGUAAAGAAGAACUUGAGUAUCAUAAAAUGUUAAUAACUAAAUUAAAACAAGAGAAUCAAGAAUUGAUGCAUGAAGCACGCACAGCAAAGUCUUAUAGAGAUGAAUUAGAUGCUGUAAUUGAAAGAGCAGAUCGUGCUGAUCGAUUGGAAUUAGAAGUAGUAAGAUAUAGAGAGAAACUUACAGAUAUAGAAUUUUAUAAAACACGUAUAGAGGAAUUACGUGAAGAUAACAGAGUUUUAAUGGAUACUAGAGAAAUGCUUGAAGAUCAAUUAAAUUCAUCGAGAAGAAGGGCGGAUAAAGUAUUGGAACUCGAAUCCGAAAUUAUUAAAUACAAACAAUUAUUGAACGAUAUGGCAUUGGAACGUGCGGCUGAUAAAGAAAAAUAUCAAGAAUUAGUUGAAGAAAAUACUCAGUUGCAUAAAUUAACAAAAGCUGCUGCAAAUGAAGCUGCCUUAUCUAGUUCUAUAAGUGAUUCUGAAGAACCAGCACAUGCUGAUAACAGAUUAUCUGAACAAUUAACAAAUAAUGCACAAACACGAGCUCUAAAAUUAGAAUUGGAAAACCGUCGAUUGGUUACUUUAAUUGAUUCUUUAAAAGAAAAUUCAUUUCAUGAAAAUUCAUCACGUGUAUUGGAAUUAGAAAAAGAAAAAAAGAAAUUAUCUUUAAAAAUCGAAUCGUUAAAUGAUAAUAUUGAAAGAUUAACUCAACAAAAUUCAGACUUGGAAUUAGUAUGGAAACAAGCAUUAGAGGAAAAUAAAAAAUUACAAAAUUCAUUAAAAAAUCAGAGAGCAUCAUCUGAAAAACAACAACAAGAAUUUCAGACUCAACAUACAAAAAUAAUAGAACUGGAAAAAAAUUAUGAUAUAGCAGUGAAAGAAAAACAACGUGUUCAAUCUUUAUUAGAAAGUGUUCAAAGACGUGCAGAUGAUUUAGAACGUAGUUUAGAACUUGCGAAUCAAAAAAUUGAAGAAUUAAAAAUUAUCGAAAAUAAUGUAAAAGAAAUUAAUUCUAAAUGUCUUGAUCUUGAAUCGAAACUUGUGGCAGUAGAAAAAGAGAAAGAUGUAGCACAACGCGAUAUUCAUCGAUAUCGAGAAACGAUAGAAGAUAAGGAUGUUGCAUUGGAUAAAGCAACAAAUAGUAUUGAAGUUUUAGAAAGAAAAGUAACACAACUUGAACAGGAACUUCAUGAUUCUGUUACACAAAUUUCAAGGUUACAAGAAAUUGAAAGAUCUAGUAAAGAAUUAGAUUCACGAGCAGCGAUCGAUAGGGAAACAUUAGAAAUUUUACAAUCGAAUUUAGUAGCUGAAAAAUUGAAUACUCAACAACUAUAUACAGUUUUAGAAAAGCUUGGUCUCAGUGAUAAUAUGUUAUUAUCUCUUCCAUUGGAUGAUAUUAUUAAAAAAAUUGCGCAAAUUCCGGAAGUGAUUGACUAUAUAUUGAAAUCAAAUAAUUCCUGUUCUAGCGAAAAAUCAGUACCUGAGUCUAUAAAUUCCGAGAAUACUGUAACUAGCAGUAUUCAUAAUAAAUUAGAAGCGACAGUAGAAUCACUUAAAAAAGAGCAAGAACAUUUAAAUAUGAAAUUAGUUACUGCACAAACAGCAUCGGAAAGCUUUUUAUCUGAAAACGCGAAACUUCAAGUACAGAUAACAACAUUACAAUCUCAAAAUAAUUCUUUAACAGCACAACAUACAGCGUUGCAACUUGCAAAUUCGCAACUUGUUGCUGAAAAAGAAGAGUUGUUAAAAGAACGAAGCGCACAACAACAAGCACACACACAACUUCUUCAUGACCAAGUUACUUUGCAAUCAUUGCAUGAACAAUUAAAUAAUGAAUAUGAAAAUUUAUUCCACGAACACGAUGCUUUGAAAUCAAAUUUGCGAGAUGUAAAAAAUGAAAUAAGAAUGUUACGCGAAUCUUACGAAGGAUUAAAAGCAAGAAAUAAGAUAUUGCAAACUGAAAAAGAAUCAUUGGUCAGUGAUGCGAAAAGUUUGAAUAAUUUAAGAGGAGAACAUUCAAAACUCAAGGAUGAUUUUAGAAAUUUGUAUACUGCUACAGAAAAAUUAAAAAUGGAAUAUAGAAAUUUGCAGGAAGAUUAUCGGAAAAAUAAGAUUGAAACAAAUCGAUUAAGUCUAAAAUUAACAGAAAUGCAAGGCGAACUUAGCAGCAGAGAUGAAAGAUGUUCGAAUUUAGAAUUUCAAAUCAAUACAUUAAAUCAACGAUGUGAGAUGCUAUUACAUAUGAAUUCCGGUUUAGAUAAUGAUAGGCGAUCGUUAAUGGAUCAUAUUAGUUUAUUGUUUAGUCAAUAUCAUGAACUUUUGACUCAUUCACUCGAAGAUAAAGAACAUUAUCAUAUGGAAGAGAAAAUGUACACGGAUAAAGUGAAUCAUUUAUAUAGGCAAAAAGAAAAAUUGGAAGAUAAGAUUAUGGAACAUUAUAGAAAAUUAGAAAGUUGCACUCCAAAAAAAAAAGGAUUCGGAGCUAAUUUUGUGCGAAGAGUUCGGAAAGUUGGAUCUGAGUUUCUUAAUAAGAAUCGACGAUCUUGGGCGGAAGAUUCCAAACACUCAGAAGGAAAAACUUAUGAAUCAGAAUCUGGUGGAAAUGAUUCUGAUGCUAGUACAGAAGAUCAUCGCAUAGCAGGAUCAGCUAGAGGUCUUGGAUCAGAUGCAUUGUCUCUUGGUCAUCCAGGAACCAGAAGAACAGUGUAUUAUACUGAUGAUUCUCCACCACCUUCAACUACAUUACCAGAACAGGGAGAUGAUAGACGUUCUAUAUUGUUAGAACAAACUUCAAGAUCAGAAGUGCAAGUAGAACCACGACCGGUUCUGAUAUAUAAUAAAGUAUCAGCAGUUAUAAAUGAAUCAAAAAAUCUUAAUAAUAGCGGAAUGAAAAAUGUAGGACAAGAGGAAACAAUGAUGGAAACACCUGUAGAUAAAGAUUCAAAAACAGGCAACCAAGUAUGGUACGAAUAUGGUUGUGUAUGAUUUUAUAUUAUUUGCGUGCUUCCAUUUAUUUGCGUGCUUAUUACGAAAAUUGCAUAUAACAUAAUAAUAUAAAUAGAUUAUUUACCAUUGUAAUCCAACGAAUGUUUUAUAGAAAUUCGUAUAAACGCUUGAAUAUUUUAAGUCUUCA